AUGGCGAUGGCCCGCCACCAUCCGCCAGAGUCCCGUUACGCUGCCGACGACUGCGAGGCCACCUGGAUCGACCAGAAACGGAGAGAUAUUCUCGACGCCUGCUGCUGGAGAGACCUUUCUUCCCUCAGAUCACUCGCCGAAUCACGAGGAGGCUUCCUCGACGACCAUCUACGCCGUGCAGCAUGGCCAAUAUUGCUCGGCGUCCCGUCCUCGGAAGCGGUCCCUGACGGCCAGGCCAGACCGCGUCAGACCGAUUCUAUCCUCGGCGUCAACUGGGAGCAGUUGCCGCGCCAUAGAGAAGAAGACCAAGUUCAGCUCGACGUGAACCGCUCAUUCAUAUACUACCCAAAUGACCAGUCCGACGCGGAGCUGGAGCAACGCAAGACAGAGCUUUCCUCCCUCAUCGUCGAGGUUCUGCGCAGGAACCCGUACCUAUGCUACUUCCAGGGCUUCCAUGAUAUCUGCCAGGUCUUCAUGCUAGUCUUGGACCCGGCUUGGCGAGCGCGAGCGGUUGCACGCCUGUCCGUCCUCCGCAUACGAGACUUCAUGCUACCCAGCCUCGGCCCGACAACUGCCCAGCUGAGACUGCUGCCAGACAUCUUGGCCAAGGCAGAUACCCAACUUCGGCGACACAUUGCAUCCAUCGAGCCCUUCUACGCCCUAGCCGGCACCCUGACCAUGUACGCUCACAACAUCGAAAACUACCGCGAUAUUGCACGGCUGUUUGACGUCUUCCUCGCGCGCGAGCCCGUCUUCAGCAUCUACGUCUUUGCCCAAAUUGUCGUGGACCGCCGCGACGAGAUCCUCGAGAUAGACGAGUCGGACAUGCUUCAAGUUAUCCUUGCCAAGGUCCCGAGCGGCAUGGACAUUGACGCCCUCAUCGCCAAGUCUGUCCGCCUCUUUGACCGCCACCCACCGGACUCGCUGCGCUCCUGGAGGCGCGUGUCGGACGCAAGUGUUCUCAAGACUGCCAGGGACAUCAGCGUCUGCGCCAGUCAGACGCUAGAUCAGGGCCACGCUUAUUUCCAGCAGCAGAUCAAGGAAAUUCGGUGGCUGGACACGCAAGACAGGGUCAAGAUGCUCCUAUGGAGGCAUCGUCGGCCCAUCAGGCUCGUUGGCAUGGCAUUUGCCGUUGCUGCCUUGGGAUUUUACCUGCGGCGCAACCCAUCUGUUGUGCAAUACGUAUUGUCUCUGCUUCAAGGACAACAAUGA